UUGCUGACGUUGGCUGUUUCAGGUGACCUCACGAUGUUCCAAGACCUAACAUAGGCCAAUCGGCUUCCUCGCAGGCUGCGCCCGCCGCCAUGCUGAUCGCCGAAGGAGCGGCCGGGCCCGCCACCACGCCCGGUUCCCCCAACGGUUCGGUAACGGGCCCCGCCCCAUUCACCGCCCUAGUGGAUUCAACGGGCGUGGUCAGYGUUCCGCCCAGCCCGACGGCACGCCCAUUGCGCAUGUUGGCCGACGUGCGCGCCCUCUUGCAAUCCGGCAAGGUCCAGGAGGUGAAGCAACUGUUAAGGGCGAACGCGUGGCCUGCCAAUCAUCCGAUCAGAAAAGAAUUAUGGCCUUUGUUGUGCAAGCAACAUGGCAAGGCUGGCGGAGUGUCGGGCGAUGGAUUCUACUGGGACAUGGUGGUUCAGGUGUUUGGAUCGGCGGAACUGCCCGAGCGACCCGUCGGGUUGCCGCCUUUUGUCGAACCAUCCCGUUGCCACGCCUACCAUUUGACAAGAUCGGGGCGCGCGUGCGCCGAUCGCGUUAUCAGCGUACUGGGCUACGCAUGUCCGGAUAUCGUCUACAGUCCCGCCAUCUACCCGAUAUGCGCGCUACUGCUCCAUUAUGUAACUGAGGAAGAAGCCUACCACUGUAUGGCCAGCUUGGUUUCCUGCAAAGAAAAGACUUUUAUAACGCAAACGAAACUUCUUUACGAAGUCACGUGGAAGACUGUGAUGCAAAUAUGUAGGAAGCACGUGAAAGGCGCAGCCGUGCACCUGCAGCGCCACUGUAGCUCAGGACGCGCUGAGCGCGUCUACAUGGACUGGAUCUGGUGGAUCUUCCAGGGGCUUCCAUUUCAGCAUCUGGUGCGAAUCAUGGACUGCUACUUCCACGAGGGCGUUAAAGUACUCUAUAGGACUGCAAUGGCCAUUCUGCUGCUCUUCCACAAGCACUCGUCGGCCAACUCGUCCGAGUGGUCGGCCGAGAUUCAAAAAAAUGGCGUUGAUUUGGCUUUGAACAAGUUCUGUCGGGAAAUGCCCGUUACACCGCAAAAAGUAUUAAAGAUGGCUUUCGGAAUAAGAGGCCUCAGCUCGUCGUACAUCUCGCGAGUGUUUAUCAAGACUGAGAUGUUGCUGAAGAGCCGUCAAGUGAUGCACGGGUCCAAACAGCUGGUUCGAUCCAGAUCGAGCGAAAAUUUGCCAAACAGCCAGAGCCAGAACAACAUCCAGAUGGUCUCUCACACGUUGACCAUCAGAGAGAAAAUGUCGGAAGAAGUGUACAAUGACAUGGGAGCGCAUUCGCCGGAGCCGCGCACGCUCUCCAUGGGCGUCUACCCGAUCCAGAAUGUGGAUUCGCGCAUCCUCGACCCGCAGGAUCUUCUCACCCUUUGGUCAUGGCUGCCGGUGCGGAUCACCAUGUAUCAGCCCAUUCUUCUCUACACAACUGAAGAACACGGAUGUUCGCUCACCACUUUUUACGUCAGGGUUGAACAGCACGAGCCCACUCUUCUGAUGAUCAAAACUUGCAACAAUGAGGUGUUUGGAGCCUACUGUUCAUCGCGUUGGUGCGAGCGCAACCAAAAAGACGAUCGGGGCAACCGACAGGCCUACUUUGGCACUGGAGAAACGUUCCUUUUCUCCCUCUAUCCGGAAAGAGCGAAAUACCCCUGGAUUGGGGUGGAAGGCGAUCGCAAUGUGUCGCAUGGCGCCGAACUCUUUAUGGCGGCCGACAGCAAAAUGAUCACCAUAGGAGGCGGGGAGGGCCAGGCGAUCUGGAUGGACGAGAACAUUCGCUAUGGAAAAACCGAUCACUGUGCCACAUUCAACAAUCCGCCUCUGUGCCCAAGCGGGGACUUUGAGAUCCGGGUGUUGGAAGUUUACGGAUUUGCCACCGACAUGAAUUAGCCAACACUUCGAACAACGAACAAAGCGCUUUAGGUAAGGUUCUUCUUUGGCCAGAAUGGACGCAUCCUCUCCCAGUGCAUUCCUUUGACUCAAACCGAUUAAAACAAAAAAGAAAGCCGAAGAGACGCGACUGAAUGGCAUGCGGCAAGUCGGUUAGUCUAGUUUGGGAACAGUAUUAUGGAAUUGGUCUCACUCAAGCAAUCAAACAACUGUCGAAUUAGAUUUACGUUAUUUAUUUAUUUAGGAUAAAGGGCUGUUGGUUGCCGCAUGCCAUUCAAAUCAAAAAAAUUGACUGUAUUUAAAAAACGAACUUUUUAGCUGUUGCCUCCUAAGUGUCAUGUGAUUUCAUUAAAUGGUGUCUGGUUGAGGGGCUGCUCGAUUGGACGUUUUGGCUAAAUGUGCCAAUAAUCAAACAUCUAUCUAUCUAUCGAUGUAUCAAUCCAACGAACAUUCUCUCGACCUGUUUUUCUCUCUCCUAAGAUUUCCAACUGACAAGUACGAGAAUCUAGUCGUAUUAGCUUUGUAUUGUCUAGUUUUAAACCGUUUUACACUUAAAAUUGUGUAUAUUUCGAAAUGUAGUCGAUGUAAAUAUUAGUUACAUGUUUAAGGUAAAAGGGCAGUAACAAAUCUGGCUUGGCUGCACUGUUCUUUUUUGCAGUGUACAAAAACCAUCAAUUUGCGUUAUUUUACUUAAAAAAAAGUCAAAAAGAAACCUGCUGAGUAAAUCUUGUGGGAAUGAUUCCAGAUUCUGUCUAGAAAAAUGUCCAGGAUACGAAGCUAAACAAGUCCUAUAUAAAACACAUAUACGUUUCCUUUUUAAAGUAUUCUUUAUGCUGUUAAGUUUUAAAAAUUUUAUUACCCGUAUUACCUUAAUUUUAAGUGAAUGGUUGUGGAUGGACUCUGUAAAACUGUAAAAUUUUAGUUGGAAAUUAAGCCACGCGGGUUUCAAGUCAAUCAAAGCCCAAACAAACCCAUUAAUACUGGUUUAUGUUAAUCGAGCUUUAUUCGCCUGAGAAUGUUCUGUAAAUGUAAAGACGACAUCACCGUAGUGAAAAAUAUACAUACAUAAGUAGACUGUUAUAGUAUUUUUUGUUUAUAUAUGUAACAAAGGCUUCUAGCUGUAAUAUUUUAUUGUUUUUGUUGUUGUACGUAGAAUAAAAGUAUUAUAAACUGAA